CGCCUGCAGCCCGGCAGGAGGCGCCCCGCGGACCUUUGGCUGUCUGUCGCCUGCCGCUUUCGAUUCUACCAGGUCUGGGUCGCGCCUCUCGGAAGGUCCAGCGCCGGCCCCGCCCUCGGCUUCCUCCGGGGCAGCGGGCGCGGAGCAGCGCGGCGAUGGCAGGGAACGAGUUGGAGCGAUGCCAGAGGCAGGCGGACGAGGUGACGGAAAUCAUGCUCAACAACUUCGACAAAGUCCUGGAGCGUGACGGGAAGCUGGCAGAGCUGGAGCAGCGUUCAGACCAACUCCUGGACAUGAGUUCAGCCUUCAGCAAGACAACCAAGACCCUCGCCCAGAAGAAGCGCUGGGAGAAUAUCCGCUGUAGGAUCUACAUGGGGCUGGCGGUGGCAGGUGGCCUACUCAUACUUUUGAUUGUACUGCUGGCCAUCUUUCUUCCGCAGAGCAGUGGGGACAGCAGUGCCCCACAGGCCCGGGACACAGGCGUUGCCUCAGGGCCUGGGGACUGACACAGCAGGCCUGGGGGAGAGGCUGAAGGGCUUCAGUGGUCAGCUCUGGUCUCCAGAGAACCCUGGUGUUUGUCCCCUUCUGAGCCACCCCAGUGACACCAAAGGGCAACCCUGAGACGUGCACCACUGCACCUCCCAUCUUGCAACAGACUGGUCCUCAGUGGCAGCUUGCCACACCAGCAACACCAGGCCAGCCCCACUGGAGCUCAGUAAAAGCCACUGUCUGGCUAAAAGCU